UAGCGGUCCACUAGCUCUCCAUGCGUCGGGGAGGUAUCACUGAAUAAUAACGGACUUGCCGCUUCCAGCCAUCCACUCGCAGAUAUACCUUUUUAGUAGCUUAAGGGUGUGAACAUUUCGACGUUCACUGCUCGGUCUUUUAAACUAGGCUACUGUAUUCGAUGAAUAUCGGGGUGGUUUCGCUCAGCAGCUCCUUGCUUGGAUAACCUUAUCGCUGUGCUGUGUGGAUGCUCUGGAUAACGGGUCUCCCUACCAUUCCGAUCAGAGCUGUCUUGGAAAUGAAAGGAAAUGAUUGACUGGACAGGCAGUGAAUGCUAGACACACAAGUCACUGGCCUCACACUGUCAACCGCAGAAGAGCAGCUGGAUGCAGUUACUCGGUCAUCGUUAAAUUGACAGGACCAUCCUGGAUUGUGUACCACCGUUUAGCUACAGUGUUAUUGUUCAGCAGACGUGUCAUGGACAUAUACAAGGAUUCCUCAUCUAUGUGAUUUUUGUCUGACCAAACAUUUUUUCUACAGAAUGCCAAGGCUUUCCCUUCAAAAUAUAAGGAACGAGUAUUCUGGUCAGCUUUUUUACUCUGAGAUGUUGUUGUUUUCCAACAGAGUGAAGAGGAGCCUGUAAUUGUGAUGAGGAAGACAGGGACUGUUUCUGUUCAUCAGAGGAACCCGGCAUUCAGCCUGUUAGAGCCACGAAAUCUCCAGGGGAGGAAAUAUUCUCAGACAUCACUUGGAAAUUGGAAUUUUCAAUAAGUUUUUCUCUGUUUUUCCCUUCCUUCCACCUCCCAGACGACUAAGUUUUUAAUCUACCACUACACCAUGUCUCUAUCGAAGUGGAGGAAGAUCAGGGCAUUUACUGUGUUUUCAUGCAUUGUAACUUUCACCACGUUCCUCUUCAGUUACACGUUGAGAGAUCCCUCUCUGUACUUCUUCAAAUACGCCAUCCGCAAGUCGGACAGCUUCUUCUCUAAGGGCCAGUGUGGCUGUCGACAGUGUAUGACCGAGCUGGAGGAUGACCCCUGGUUCACUGAGAGGUUCAACCUGUCUGUCCAACCUCUGAUGUCUAGGAGGAACAGCCUGCUGACUGACGACACAUACCGCUGGUGGCAGUGGUUGCAGGCAGAGCAAGAGCCGGCCAACUUCAGUGAGGUGGUGGAGAAGUUGUUCCAGGUCAUCCCUGAUGCUGACCUUUACAUGGAUGCGGGCCCUGAGCGCUGUAGGACCUGUGCUGUGGUGGGGAACUCUGGGAACCUUAAGGGCUCCCGCUACGGAGCCCUCAUCGACUCCAGUGAUGUCGUCAUCAGAAUGAACAUGGCUCCUACCUCUGGCUAUGAGGAGGAUGUUGGGAGCCGGACCACCCAUCACGUCAUGUACCCAGAGAGCGCCAUAGAUCUGGACAACACCACCAGUCUCCUGCUCAUCCCCUUCAAGACUCUGGACCUUCAGUGGAUCACCAGCGCCUUGACUACAGGCUCCAUCAAACACACGUACAUACCUGUCCAGUCCAGGAUUAAGGCAAACAAGAACAGGGUGUUGAUAUACAGCCCGACCUUCUUUAAAUAUGUCUAUGACGCAUGGCUGGAGAGUCAUGGCCGGUAUCCCUCCACUGGCUUCCUCAGCCUAUUGUUUUCCAUUCAUAUCUGUGAUAAGGUGAGUGUGUACGGGUUCGGAGCGGAUCAGUACGGGAACUGGCACCACUACUGGGAAGAGAAUCACCAGGGAGGAGCAUUCCGCCACACUGGGGUGCAUGAUGCUGACUAUGAGUACAACGUUACCCUGCUUCUGGCUGACAAACACAAGAUCAAGAUUUUCAAAGGCUUCUGAUGUCUGGAGAUGUAACUGGCCUGAGACCAUCAAGCCUCUUGAAUGAAAUUCUGUCGAUUCAGAGGUUAACCACUGGGCAUAAACUGGUUGAAUCAACAUUGUUUCAACGUAAUUUGUCAACGUAUUGUGACGUGGAAUCUGUGUAAAAUUCAUUGGAUUUGCAAAAAGUAAUCAACUGUUGUUUUGAGGGUCAAAUUUCAACCACAGGAUUUUGUCAUCAUUGUAACCAAUGUUCAACAUAGACAAAGCUUGUGUAAAAUAUGUUGAAUUUGUACCUUUUGAAACAAUGUCAGAUAUUCAAUGUUAUAUCCACUAUCAGGAAAAAAAACUAUAGCUGGGCAGCAACUCCUUCUGGGAAAUUCUACAGCUAUCUAUAGCUAUUCCUUUGGUCACCCAUCCUGGGUUUUAACCCAGCCCAACCCUGCUUAGCUUUGAUAUGUCACUGACACCCCCCCCCCCCCAAACAAAAAGUGUUUUGUGAACUAACACUCGCACUUUACUUUGUUCCCCCUUACUAGCUCUGACUUUGCUGAUAGCUACUUCAUUGAGGAUAAAUGUACUUACUAUGCCUGUGAUAUGUGGUUGUUCCACCUAGCUAUCUUAAGAUGAGUGCACUAACUAAGUCGCUCUGGAUAACAGCGUCUAAUAAAUGACUAAAAUGUAAAAAUGUACAAGCUAAAUAGAUGCACUUUUGCGAUCGGAAGUCAUUCCAAGGUGUAGGUUUAACAAAGCAAAUUAAAUGUAACCAUACUUUAUCAAUCAUAUACCAUCAAUGAUGCUAUUUAGGCCUAUUGUUUCAAUUCAACCCAGGAUUCAACUAAAAAUAGACGAUAUAUAUAUAGGCAUAGGGUUUAAAGCUUUGGUUGAUUUUAAAUGUAAUCUAAAAGUUAAUAAUGUACUGUAUGUGUUGGAUUCAUGUCUCCAUCUUAACCAAAAAUCUAAGUUAAAGAAUAGGACUAAAUCCAACUUCAUUUAAAUUCCAUCUACAGUUUGAUUUGAUUUUGUCCUAUUCUUUAAGUUCGAUUUUUGGUCGAGUUGGAGAAGUGAAUCCAACAUCUUGAUUACUAUUAGAUUUUUUAAAACUUUUUUGGGGGGUAUUUUGCCACCUCUUUCUCAUUCGAUCUUGUCUCAUCGCUGCAACUCCCCAAUGGACUCAGGAGGCGAAGUUCGAGUCAAGCGUCCUCUGAAACAUGACCCGCCAAACAGCACUUCAUAACACCCGGCCGCUUAACCCGGAAGCCAGCCGCAUCCAUGUGUUGGAGGAAACACUGUUCAACUCACAACCGAGGUCAGCCUGCAAGCGCCCGGCCCGCCACAAGGUGUCGCUAGAGCCAGAUGAGCCAAGUAAAGCCCCCCCGGCCAAACCCUCCCUUAACCCGGACGACACUGGGCCAAUUAUGUGCCGCCCUAUGGGACUCCCAAUCAUGGUCGGUUGUGAUACAGCCUGGGAUCAAACCCAGGUCUGUAGUGAAGCCUCUAGCACUGCGAUGCAGUGCCUCAGACAGCAUAACAAUUAUAAAUGGAAUUAAAGCUUGACUAAGUCAGUGGGACAUAUUGAACUAUUCAAUCAGUAGAUUAAUCUCCUUUAAAUGCUGGUUAUUUGUUGUGUUAUCAACCAAACACAAUUCACUGUUACUUUUGUAAUUCAGUAGCCUAAAGGUAAGGCUAACUUACAGACUAACGUAACAGUAUUUAUUCAAAUGGGAAACACAUCCAUAGCCACAUUUUGACACUAAUGUAACUAUAAAUGUCUUAUCAAUUAAAGAGUGCAUGUUCAAGAUCACAGAUCUGUGGAGAUCUUCACAAUUUUUAUAAUGAAUGUCUAUAACAAACGGCAUUGAUCACUUGCACCAUGUACUAUUAAUGUGAUAUGUUCUCAACUGCAAUCCAUGUUAUUUGGUUGUGCUAUUAGAAGAAGAACAGGGAUAACACAUUAAGUUGUAUAAAUAAACAAAAUAUCUGACAUUGUAUUCCCAUUUGUUGUGCUAUUAAAUGGUCUUCGGUGCAGUGAUACACAUUUACAGUGCCUUUCAGAAAGUAUUCACCCAUGACUUAUCCACAUGUUGUUGUUACAGCCUGAAGUUUAAAUGAUUUAUAUUUUGUAUCACUGAUCUACACACAAUACCCCAUAACGGCAAAGUGGAAUUAUGUUUCUAUAAAUGUUUAAAAAAAACAUGAAAAGCUGAAAUGUCUUGAGUCAAUAAGUGAUCAACUCUUUUGUUGUGGCAAUGCCAAAUAACUUCAGGACUAAAAAUGUGCUUAAAAAGUCACAUACGUUGCAUGGACUAUCACUGUGUGCAAUAAUGGUGUUUAAUAUGAAUGUUUUGGCCCGCAGCUGAUUUUAUUUACCCCCCCCCCCCAAGUAAAUAAAAAAUAAAUAAGCUAAUCAGCUCCAAGUGAUUUUAAUUUUGGAAAUCUGUUUGAAAGUGUUCACACACAUAAUAGAGAGACGUGAUCGUAUACAAAUGGAAGCAAGGUUUGAAUUGAUUAUGUUUUAGUCAAAUAUAUCCGUUUGGGUCUUCUUACGGCCAAUUUGCAAUCUCCAAAUUAUUUGUAAUUAUGUUCAGGCCCCCUGACCGUGCGCUCAAGAAAAAUUGGCCUGCAGCUGAAUGUAGUCGAUGAUCCCUGCUGUACAGAAUACACGUACUCAAACACAGGCAUCCUGUUAGCAAUAAAGCACUAAAAUAAUACUGCAAAAACUGUGUCAAGGAAAUAAAUGUUUCUAUCCUCAAUACAAAGCAUUAUGUUUGGGAAAAUCUAACACAGUACAUCACUGAGUACCACUCAUAUUUUCAAGCAGGAUGGUGCCCGCAUCAUGUUAUGGGUAUGCUUUCAUCGACAAGGACUUCAGAGUUUUUUAGGAUAAAAAUCAAAGAAAUAGAGCUAUGCGCAGGCAAAGUCCUAGAGGAAAACCUGGUUCAGUCUGCUUUCCAACAGACACUGGGAGACAAAUCUACCUUUCAGCAGGACAAUAACCUAAAACGCAAGGCAAAAUAUACACUGGAGUUACUUACCAAGACAACAUUGAAUGUUCCUGAGUGGCCUAGUUAGUUUUGAUCUAAAUCGUCUUGAAAAUCCAUGGCAACACUUAAAUGGCUAUCCAACAAUGAUCAACAACCAACUUGACAGAGCUUGAAGAAUUGUUUUAAGAAUAAUGGACAAAUAUUGUACACUCCAGAUUUGCAGCAAUUUAAGAGACUUACCCAGAAAGACUCACCCCUGGGUUGAGUACUUAUGUAAUGAAAAUAUAUUAGUGAUUUAAUUUCCAUUAAUUGAAAAAAACAUUAGACAUUUUCUUCCACUUUGACAUUACAGAGUAUUAUGUAUAGGUUGUUUACAAAAAAAUUAAAUCAAUUUUAAUCCCACUUCGUAACACAACAAAAUGUGAAAAUAGUCAAGGGGUGUGAAUACUUUCUGAAAGCACUGUAGGUGACCACUCAACCAAAAACCAGACAUUGUUUUUCCAUUGGAAUUUGGCUGUGCUUUUAGCUGGUUGAAAGCAUAGUGAUAACACACUGGGAAUUCAACAACGUUUCUGCUGUCUUUUUGAGAGUGAAUUUAGGUUGUAAUCUCAUUGAGCAACAUCUCAACCAUAUAUUACCCAAUUUUCCACAUUUACAUUUUGUGAUGUGUGUAUGGUUUUGAUACAGAGCUGAUGCUGGUUGACUCAUACAGAUGACUGAAACAAAACAAUUUUCACAUUCACAUUUCACAAUAUUCACAUUUAGCCACCUCAUGAUUUAUAUGUAGAAGUAAACCCAGAAAACAGAAGUGUGUUUUUCCAAUGAAGUGACCUUCUGUAAUGUGUUGAUCCAAAACCAAAACUUGACUUCUCCCCUUGCCCCUCCCACCCUCACCCCACCACCUCCUUGAGACCACAGACACCUAUCUGGGAAGUCAGGUCCAAUGAUCAUGAGGAUGAGAGCGGUCUCUAGAUUGUUGCCUCACUGCAGCCCUGGCCGAGGCAAACGUCUCCAGAUUGCUGCUGGUGGGAGCGUCUGUCAUCUCUGUAUUGAGCUACCCUUCUAAAGUAUAUACAGUAUUCCCAUCUCAAUUGGCCACCGGGUGUGGCAUUGACUGAAUGGCCGUCCUAUGAGGGAAUAGUGCAACAACCACUAUCUGCUUUAUUAUCGAGGUAUCUUUGCUGCUCAAAGAACCAAUGUCUGGUGUAUCGUACCGUGUAUCAUUCUACAAAGUAGAAGGACUAAAUGACUGACUAAUGAUAAUGUGUCCAUUUUAAAUGCAGUGCCUUAUCCAUGAUAUUCAUAGUACUAGUUAAACAGGUCCAAAGUGCCUAUGAUCUUUUUGAGAGGAAUCAGUGCAAUAUUCUUUGAUAAAUGAUUUAAAAUGUACAGUGUUACAAGUUGCUGCUCAUCAAGGCUCUGCAGUAACUCAUGACCAAAUGUUUUAUGUUUUAUUACAGGUUUCUCAGAUUCCUAGGGACUUCUCCAAAUACAGCUCUACUAGUUGGGCUCUGACACAGAGAGAUGCAUCAGACCUUUAACGAUGAUGGGAAACUGUAGUGACCUAGCACUGAGGGGAAUAUUUGUUUGAAGUUUAUUAAAUGUUAUAUCAUUAAAGACAGAAUCAGAACCACUCAACUUUUUAUUUUACAUGGGGUGCUUAAAUCUUAUGUUAUUGCACUCAUUCAUACAUUUUAAACACAUUUGCGAUUUCCUUCUCUUGUUUAUUUUUCAUUGAACCUUUUAGCCGGCAAAGAAAAUUCUCACAGGAGAAAUGGCAUGGUAAGAUAAUUGAUAUUCCUGCACUAUUGUAUUUAAAGUAUCAUGAGAUAAGCUGAAGGAUGCCUUUGUGAUUUAUCUAUGUUUUGGGACAUUGUGACUUUUAACAGUAUUUCUGUGUUAUGUGCCUUGAGACAACUCUGCCAGUCAAUGGAUAUUUUUAUUGCUCCAACGUCCGUCCGUCCCCCCCCCCCAUAGAUGGUUUUGAGCCGUAGGAAAGAUCUCAAUUGCAUACUCCUCAUGUCCUCGCUUCUUGUUUCUUUCUCAAAACCCAUUGGAUAAGAAAGCCAGAGGUCCUUCCCCUCUGGCUUUCUCCUCCAAUGGGUUUUGAGAAGAGAUGCAGAGAGAGGACAUGAGUAUGCAAUUGAGAUCUUUCCAUAAUUUAUUUUGCAAGUUUUGAGACCAUGUAACAUGUUUAAUUUUAAUAAAGAU